CCUUUUCUGUCCUUUGAGGAGAAGUGCGGUGGGCAGUAUAUCUCACAGCUCCUUGCUGGCCACAAUCAGCUGUGUUGUUGGUGUUUGACCCUGCUGUUGUGGCCGAGCUCAAGAAACAGAGGAGAAAAUCAACGUCACACCGACGGGGUCUGUGGAGCGCGUUAUUAUCGCGUCCUUAUUGGCAGUCUGCUCAACAACCUGCGGUCACUGCAGACACACGAUUAACAGCGGGAAUACAACAAGACACACUAACAGCUCGAAGGAUGUCUGGCAUCACUGGGAAUAUGGAUUGCGAGGAUUGUAUAUCUUCUGCAUAUGUGGCCAACAGCACGGAGUUUCAUCUGCACUCCACUGUGGAUGAGGACGAUGAACUUCUGAGAUACAUCUGGAGAGAGUACUUACACCCCAAGCAGUAUGAAUGGGUGCUGAUUGUGGCUUACAUUAUUGUGUUCUUCGUUUCACUCAUUGGAAACUCGCUUGUUUGUUUUGCAGUGUGGAAAAACCGUCACAUGCGCACCGUGACCAACUAUUUCAUAGUGAAUCUCUCCUUUGCUGAUGUCUUGGUCACCAUCAUCUGCCUGCCCGCGAGUCUCGUGGUCGACAUCACAGAGACGUGGUUCUUUGGAAACACUCUUUGCAAAGUCGUGCCUUAUCUGCAGACCAUCUCAGUUUCUGUAUCAGUCCUAACACUGAGUUGUAUUGCCCAAGACCGGUGGUAUGCUAUCUGCCACCCAUUGAUGUUCAAGAGCACUGCCAAGAGGGCUCGCAAGAGUAUUGUUGUCAUCUGGGUUGUAUCGUGCAUCAUCAUGAUCCCUCAGGCUAUUGUGAUGGAGUGCAGCAGCCUGCUGCCUGAACUCACAAACAAGACCACUCUGUUCACAGUCUGUGAUGAACACUGGGGAGCCGAGAUCUACCCAAAGGUCUAUCAUACCUGUUUCUUCAUUGUCACCUACUUUGCACCGUUAUGUCUCAUGGUCCUGGCGUAUAUCCAGAUAUGUCACAAGCUGUGGUGUCAACAGAUUCCUGGAAGCACAUCAGUGUUGCAGAGGAAGUGGAGGCCCAUGCAGUGCUCGGCUCCGAGUCUGGGCCGAGGAGAGUCCGUCAGGGUCAGGACCAGCACGGUGUGUGCUGAGAUCAAACAAGUCCGAGCCCGACGCAAGACAGCUCGCAUGCUGAUCGUGGUGCUCUUUGUUUUCGCCCUGUGCUACCUGCCAAUCAGCGUGCUCAAUGUCAUGAAAAGAGUCUUUGGGACUUUCAAAAACACAAAUGACAGAGAAACAGUGUAUGCGUGGUUCACUUUCUCACACUGGCUCAUAUAUGCCAACAGUGCAGCAAAUCCCAUCAUCUACAAUUUCCUCAGUGGGAAGUUCCGCGGGGAGUUCAAAGCAGCCUUUUCUUGCCAUUGUCACGGCCAAGGCCAAAAUCAAACACAGGGGAUAAGGACCAGAACGAGCACAGACAGCCGAAAAUCUCUGUCAACUCAAGUAAACAACAUGGACAAUGUGUCACGCAUAUCAGAUCAGAUAGUGUAGUCUUAAAUUCUGGAUGGGGAGUUCUUAAGACCAGCUCAUACUUCAAAGGACAGACUUAUAACUGUUUUCUGAAGACUGUCUCACUUCUUUUACAUGGACAGGAACACAGGGCAUGGCAACGACUUGUAAUUCACAGAAACUCUAUUUAUUAUUUAAAAAAAAAACAUUUGAAUGUUUAGUAUUUGAUAACAUACAGUAUAUCAUAUAUAUUUUAUGAUAUAAAGUCAAGUGACAUGAUUUUCAGUUGCACAUGCUUUUAUUGUAUUGUAAAUGUACCAUUUUGUGUUUAUAACUUUAUAUUUGGUUCAGUGGCCAGAAUCAGUAUUGCAGAUUAUGAGGUUAUGGGUUUUUACAACAAUAGAAGAGCAGUUGUUAUAGAUAAUAGGUCUUAUAACUGCUCAGAUUUGUAAUUUGUCUCCUCAAUUAGUUUAUGUCCAUCUUAAGUCUUCAGUGUAAAUGCCCAUGAAUGGAUGAUAAUGUGCAUCAACAUGUAAAUGAUGCUCAAUCAACCAUCAUAAGCAUCCAUCAAACUACUGAAUAUUCAAAGGAAUUUUAUAUUCCUUUUAUUGCAGCUGCAAAUUUGACCACUACUGUAUGUCUUGCAAGAAAGUGAAAUUAAGCAUCAUAAAUAAUGAAAACAAGACCUUCUCUCUGAUCAACAACCGUUGAAUUCUUCAACACUGGGUUGAAGUGACAUGGAGUCAAUCAGAGGUGUCCAAGCUUCAAAGAUCCAGUUUGAAAUGCGAUGAAAUGCUUGUGUCUGUCACCUCUGCUGACAGCUGCAGAGCCCAGCAGGCACUGUCGUCUCAGAAAAGCAGUGGCUGUCAUGAAAACCAAAUAUCUUUUUAUUGAUAGUAAGCUACACUUUAGAAUGUGCAGUCAAGAAACAUGUCCUGAAAUGUGCUUCAGAGAUUUGUUAAAUGAUCCACAAUAUCAGUCCUCAGUAUGUGUUUCUGACAACAGUGUUGCCCUUGUCAACUGUUUCAGAUUUCCUUUCUAAAUGUAUUUUUAUUUAGUGGAAUAUCAGACUAAUUAUCCAAAUAAAUCAAUCCCAGGUAAAAACAAAACAAAACAAAAGCUUAUAAAUGUAUUUGCAUAUACAUUGGUUUGCAUAAAUAAUGAAAUUAUGCCACCAGAAUUACAGCCAAUGUUAUCUAUUGCCAUUUAUUUUAUGAUAGGCCUUUAUAAUAUCUUAGUUUAAAUGAAUAUUCAUCAUGAAAGCCUUAAAUAUGAAAACACAAAAUAUCACAGCUACUUGAAAUAAUCACAAACUAGUCUCAUCAACAAGUUUCACAGUUCCUCAAAUACUUUUAUAAUCUUCCUCUCGACGUUUACAGUGACUGAUUUCUAUAUUGAUCCUCACUUUUUUUCAUAAUCACAUUUAUACAGAGUUCAUUUUCAAAAAGUGACAAUGAUAGUUUCAUUACACCAUCAUAGUAUUAGAGUCUGAUCGCUGUCAUUCGCCAUACCCAACCUUUCACUGUACCCAGUUGUUACCUCAACAAGUGACUUUGCUACGACGUUGUUUAGUUUUGGCUACAUGACUUUCAUAGAAAAAUAAGUUAAUUACUCGUCAUAACUUCAUUUAUUUUGAAGGAUAAAUAAAUGUGUAUCUUUAUCUGAGAGUACAUGUUUGAGUGUGAGUCUUUUACAGAGAUUGAGUUGGCGUCCAGUGAACCCAGUCAGGAAAUUACUCUAUUGAACUAAACAAAAUGUGUGACAGUGCUCUUCCAGGAACACCUGGUUCACACUCAAACACAUUCACAUCUGGACGGUGCCCAGUACAAAGGCCUUGCUCAAGGGCAUCUCAGUGAUGAAAAUGAAGCAGUUAGUCUUUUCCUUUCGCAACAAAAAUCCUUUGUGCUUGUCCAGGGACUGAAUUUCAAUCUUCUAGUCUCAAGCCUGUUUCUUCUAUAUAAUAUUACUUAAGGAAGGACAGUGGAACUCCACCACAAUUCCUCCUGCUCUCUCAGCUGUCUGAGUCCCGUUGAAUAGUUCAGAUACUUCAAAGCUAAUAUAUUCUUCUCAUGAAUAUUUAUAAAUUGUUAAAUGUCGUAUCAGCUAAUGAGCCAGCAUAUGGGUGCAAAAAUUAUUUUUGUCCUCAAACAUUAAACCUCAGACCCUGAUUCCUUGGUAGUUGUGUCUCCAUGUCCGCAUGGCGUUUGUGCUGGCAGCAAUUAGACCCAAAAGCAAUGAGAGAAGGAAUAUUAAAGCGGCCUCUCCACACAGUCCCAUGCAGAUUAAAUACCAAAAACAAGCUUGCUGUCAGGGGAGCUUUCCAUUAGGGCGUAUCACUGAAACACCGAGGGAGAUGGAUGGAGUGCAAUCAACUGAUUCGAAUGGACCCGUUCACAUCGGAGAUUUCAUUCAAUGUAAUUGCAGCUUGGGAUGCAGAUCAACAAACCUAGAGCACAUCAAAUUCUCACCAAACAAAGCAAAUGGAUAUAAAUGUUAUGAAAUGGAAAAGUUGUUCAAGUAAUGAUAUUUGACAUAAGCAAACACAACAACAUGUAUUAAUCACCACUGUAAUCAGCAGUAUAGAUAAAGUCUUCUUGCAUAUAUCCAAAUUGACACGAAAUAGAUAAACAAAAAUUAUGUGGAAACGUCUUGUCGAGUCAAGAUAAUCAAAAAAAAAAAAAUUAAGCUGAAAAGCAAUCAGGAAAAGAGAAGAGUAAUACGAAGGAAUUCCACAAACAAGGAAACAAACACUGUAAUUUUGCAAUAACAGAAAACAAAGACAGGAAAAUUUCUGUUGAGUGAUUUAUGGGCAAAGCUAAACUUUAUAAUUACUGUCACUUGUGAUGAUGAAUUGAGAUUGCUAUAAACGAGAUUCUAAUUGGUCAAAAAUCUGCUUGUAGAGCCAGAAAUGUUUCAUUAGGGGUAUUUACGUGUGAGAGUAGAUUUGUAAGUCUUGGUAGAUUCUAACUUUUAAGUCUACAUGAAGAUAUUGCAUUGAAUUCUGUGUUGUUUCUGCAUAGACUAUUUUUUGUAAAAUGUAUGGAGUCCACUGUAUUAUGUGUAUUGCAACUUAACAUUUUGACAUGCACUUUAUGCCUUUUCUCCUUUUAUUUAUUUGCGUCUGUAUUUGACUUCAAUGUGAACCAUGAUCAGUAUCAGAAACUUUACAUUUUCUUACUGUAAGACAAUCAUUUGUUAAUCACACUUUUAAAGUCAGAACUUUCAUUUCCCAUCAUGUGUAAAAUAAUUUUUUGAUCUGAAAAUCAGACUAAAUGUCUGUAAACACCAGUGAUGAUGGCUACUCAUUGUGAUGAAAUGUUUCAUUCUGCACAGAUGUGGUUUGUUUACAAUGGAAAACCUUAAGAACACCAGUAUUUUUCAGCAUUUUGUCAAUGCUUUAUGAAAAUUUUACAUAUCUCAUAUUGGAACCUCCAUGUGUCUCUUUGUUUUUUCUUUUUGAAAGCAGCUGUAUACUCUGUUGUUUUAAAAAGAAAAUCUUUUAUCUCUAUAAAUAGUUACUCAGUGAAUGUGUUUCAAAUCUUUUGUGCGUAUUAAUCACACUGUAAUAUGACAUGGCAAGUUUUUGAGUGCAGUUAUAUUAGAAGUUAAUUCCAAAUCAUAUCAUGCUACCAAGCUAUAUUUCUGUGUUUUUUUUAUCUAAAUUUGUAAUAGUCCUUGUUUACUUCAUUUCUUAUUUUUUUUUCACUGAUAUUGCUGUUUUUCAUUUUGUUUUGCUUUUCCAGCUGAACAGGAAGAGGACACAUCUUCUGCAUGAUCAGGAAACAGUAUUGAAUUUUUGUAAUUGGGUUUUCAUUUCAUACAGUGAAUGACUGUAACCAAAAUCAUCAUGUGAAUCUCUGGCUGAAAUUAAGACAUAAAAAGUCAUGGUGUUAGCAAUCAUCUUUUUCAUGUUCAAUUCAUUUAUUCAUUUAUUUGGAAACAGACUUUCUGAUGCUUGUGCAUUGUCUCCAAUCCGAGCUUCACCCAGUUAUCCCAUCAUGUGUCCUCAGCUCGACCUUCUCAGAUUGCUUCAUUAGUUCCUUGACUUGAUAUUUCUGAUCUAGUGAACUCUCUUCUUUCUUGUGGUGGGGAGCAGAUUGUAAAGUGGUGCAUAAUGAAAUUAACAGCAACAUCUCAAAAAAAAAAAAAAGUAAAUAUGUUAAGUUCAAAAAUGUUUCCGUAAAUGUGGUAAAAAAAAACAAAACAAGAAACAUAAUUUUUAACAUUAUUUGGAGCGAAAUGUGUGUGAAAAAUUGCUGUUAAUUUCAAUAUGCACCACUUUACAAUCUAGGCUAUACAUUGUGUCUGUUGUCCUGCACAUCUUUCAUCAAUAAAGUAUCUGCCUAUAU